AACCAUAUCCGACUCCUCCCACUCGUGUCUGUGGUAAAGAUGGCGUCUAUCAUGGAGGGGCCGCUUAGCAAGUGGACCAACGUUAUGAAAGGCUGGCAGUAUCGUUGGUUUGUUUUAGACUACAAUGCUGGACUACUGUCAUACUAUACGUCCAAAGAUAAGAUGAUGCGAGGAUCCAGAAGAGGCUGUGUAAGACUCCGGGGUGCUGUCAUUGGCAUUGAUGACGAGGACGACAGCACAUUCACUAUCACUGUGGACCAAAAGACCUUCCAUUUUCAAGCCCGAGAUGCAGAUGAGCGGGAGAAGUGGAUCCACGCCUUAGAGGGAACGAUCCUCCGUCACACCCUCCAGCUCCGGGAGGCAGAGACAGGAUUUGUUCCCAGUGUCCAGGACUUUGACAAGAAGUUAGCUGAAGCUGAUGCCUAUCUCCAAAUUUUGAUUGACCAGUUAAAGCUGUUUGAUGAGAAGAUCAAGGACUGCAAAGAGGAUGAAUCACGCAGAAAAAUAGAAAAUUUAAAGGAAACUACAUGUAGUAUGGUAGAAUCCAUCAAACACUGUAUCGUAUUGCUGCAAAUUGCCAAGGACCAAAGUAACGAACAACAACACGCAAACGGACUUAUAAGCACUAUAAACCCUGUGGAUGGGAUCUACCAGCCUCCUCUGGACGCCCCUGUAGUCAACACCACGAUGCCAACACAGGCAACACUUCCCUCUGAUGCUCAGGUGUGUAAAUCAGACCAACGACCCUCAACGUUACCUGUUGGACCCGUUACAGUGAUGGGCAGUUUGCAGACGCCUACCCCUAACAGCACAGGGAGUGGCCCCUCAGUCCCCAGCAGCGGCGUUACCUCCCCAGCUCACAUCCCUUUACCCUCACAUUCAGUGCCAGACUUCUCCUAUUCCUCCAGUGAAGAUGAGUUUUAUGAUGCUGAUGAGUUUUAUCAGAGCAGCACCUCGCCGAAACACUGCAUAGAUCCCUCAGGGCCUCAAGCUGCUUCUCCUAAUACCAAUGAAGACACAGCAUUAAAGCGACCCAACACUACAGAGUCCCUCAACUCGUCAAUGUCCAAUGGCACCACAGAUGCAGAUCAGUUUGAUAGCCACGAUGAUCGAGAUGAUGAUGGUGAGGGUGAGUCAGUGGAGGAGCACAAGAGUGUCAUUAUGCACUUGCUUUCUCAAGUUCGACUGGGCAUGGACCUCACAAAGGUAGUUUUGCCGACCUUUAUUCUAGAAAGGAGAUCUUUAUUAGAAAUGUAUGCAGACUUUUUUGCACAUCCUGACUUGUUUGUAAGUAUUGCUGAGCAGUCAGAACCCAGAGAACGCAUGGUUCAAGUUGUAAAAUGGUAUCUGUCAGCAUUCCAUGCAGGAAGGAAAGGCUCAGUGGCCAAAAAACCUUACAAUCCAAUUUUAGGAGAAGUCUUCUAUUGUCACUGGGAUCUGCCAAAUGAGACAACUGAAGAGAUUUCCACACAAAUGGAGACUGUCUCAGAUGGGCCUGUCCCGUGGGCUUCCUCUAACAGUGUGUGUUUUGUAGCGGAGCAGGUCUCUCACCACCCUCCUAUUUCUGCUUUUUAUGCCGAGUGUUUAAACAGGCAGAUCCAGUUCAACGCUCACAUCUGGACCAAAUCUAAAUUCCUUGGCAUGUCCAUUGGUGUUCACAAUAUUGGUCAAGGUUGUGUUUCAUGUUUGGAGCAUGAUGAACACUACAUUCUUACCUUUCCAAAUGGUUAUGGCAGAUCAAUCCUGACUGUGCCUUGGGUGGAGCUGGGUGGAGAAUGUAACAUCUCUUGCUCCAAGUCGGGAUACAGUGCCAACAUUGUAUUUCACACAAAACCAUUCUAUGGAGGCAAAAAGCACAGGAUCACUGCUGAGAUCUUUCCACCAAAUGAUAAGAAGUCUUUCUGUUCCAUUGAAGGGGAAUGGAAUGGAGUCAUGUAUGCCAAGUGGGCAACAGGAGAGAACACUGUUUUUAUCGAUACCAAGAAGAUGGGUAUAAUCAAGAAAAAAGUCAGAAAGCUAGAAGACCAGUUAGAGUAUGAAUCAAGAAAGCUGUGGAAAGAUGUGACUCAAAACUUGAAGCUGAAAGACAUUGACGCAGCGACAGAAGCUAAACAUCGUUUGGAGGAGAAACAAAGAGCGGAAGCCCGAGAACGAAAAGAAAAUGAGCAGCAAUGGGAGACCAGAUUAUUCCAUGAAGACGGGGAGUGCUGGGUCUACGACGAGCCUCUACUCAAGAGAAUAACUGAUCAGAGGCAUUAAAGACUCUCCUGUACUUAUGCAUACAUUGAUGCACAUAGAGCAGAGUCUUCAUAAGAACUCUGACAAAAAAAAAAGUUUUCUAAACCUUGGACAAAACUGACGAUAAAAUGUAUACAGUUUUCCAUUUGACUGUAAAACGUAUGGAGGUGAAUGACAUGGAUGCAACCAUAAUAUUAGUAAUAAGCCUCUUUGGGCAAUCUCAGUCCACCAUCAGAGACACGUGACAACAUCACGACUGCAGCAGAGAUGGACAAGAAAACAGCUCUCAUUCUUCAACUUCACAGCCCCCCUCAGCUUUGUGAGACAAACCUGCGGCUCCUGUUUUCCUGCACUUUAUAAGAAGCAGGACAGAGAUGUGUGGUUGGUUAUAUUCAGAUGAAAUAAACCUUAAAUAAAUCCGUGAUCUACAUCUCAGGGAAUCUGGUGACUGGAAAGAAAGCUGCUGGUCCCUCAAAAAUGUCUGAUGGCCUUAUAACAUUGGAACUGAUUAAGAUUAAAGGGCCUGGAGAAUGUCUCUACUUGCCUGCAACCAGUUACAGCUGUUAUAUAGAUAAAUAAUGAUGGAUAUAUAAUAUAAAUCUAUAUUAUUUUUAUUUUCAGUGCUUUUUGGGCAGUAGUGUAACAUAAACAAUGACAUCGACGUGGCUUUGCAUCUUUAUAAAUCAUUCCAGUUUUUCA